GCUGAGGCACAACUCCCGCAAAGUUUCGCCAAAAGGCUUCUUGUCCCCGACCUUGGGGGAUAUACUGUGCGAAACCGAGUUUUUCCGUGUGGCUGCCCUGCAAAAGGGGAAGGAACCAUUUUCAGCCACAACCGAAGAAAGUUGGAAGCCGCUGAACUGCCCGCGCGAGCCGAAGCGGGGGCUCGUCAGAAACAGUUCCCUGCACGGCCGGGGAACGUCAGGGACAGCUCCCCCGCGAUCCCCUGCACGGCCAGGGGAGGUCAGACUCGAGUCUCCCGGACUCGCCCGCACGGCGCCGGUCCCGCCCCGCCCGGGCCGUGUGUGCCCGGCGCGGGCCCCGCCCCGGAGCCGUUCCCAGGAAGCGGGAGCAGGAAGCUGCGGCGGGCGCGGGGAUGGCGGUCAGCGGCCCGGUGUGCAAAGGCCAUUGCCGUGGACCUCAUCGACCUCACAUGCACAACAAUCACAGCACCCACGGGGAUAAAGGUUUACCAGGACCAUAUCCCAUUGUUGAAGAACCCAGCACCUGUGAUAUUGUCAAGGCUACACAGUAUGGAAUGCUAGAGCGAUGCAGAGAACUGGUGGAAGCAGGAUAUGAUGUUCGACAACCAGACAAAGAAAAUGUGACUCUUCUUCACUGGGCAGCAAUAAACAACAGACAGGAGCUGGUUAAAUAUUAUAUUUCCAAAGGUGCGAUAGUGGAUCAGCUGGGUGGAGAUUUGAAUUCUACUCCCCUUCACUGGGCCAUUAGACAAGGACACCUACCCAUGGUCAUAUUAUUGUUGAAAUGUGGAGCGGAUCCCAGUCUUAUUGAUGGGGAAGGAUUCAGUAGCAUUCAUUUAGCAGUGCUCUUCCAACACAUGCCCAUCAUAGCUUACCUCAUAUCAAAAGGCCAGAACAUAGACACAACAGACUUCAAUGGACAAACACCUUUAAUGUUAACAGCACAAAAAGCCGUUGGACCAGAACCCACGAGGUUUCUCUUAAAGUUUAACCCCUCUCUCAAUGCUGUAGACAAUGUUCAAAAGAAUACUGCACUGCAUUGGGCAAUAUCAUCAGGAAAUAUCAGUGCAGUGGAUCUGUUGCUGGAAGCUGGUGCCAGCCUGGACAUAAAAAAUGUCAAGGGAGAGACACCGCUUGACCUUGCUUAUCAAAAUCAGAAUCACUUCAUGGUUUAUAUGAUGAAAGAGGAAGAAAGAAUGAGAAGCAGGAAAAAUAACAGGUUGCUGAAAAUAGUAGAGAAAUAUGAGCUCUUCCUGAUGUUGGCAUCUUCCUUGACAUUCAUGUGGGCCAUAGGAUAUGUCGUGAACUUAAGUUCUGAUUCUUGGCUUUUGAAAGGAUGUUUGCUUCUCUGCCUGCUAUUUGGGAUGACACUGUUUGUCAGGCAACUCGUGGGGCUCAAGAAUCUAAGGUAUCUUCCCACGGCAUUUCUGCUAAGUUCAGUUUUUUGGAUGUCCAUGACCUGGUUUUUCUGGUUCCUGCCCGAUAUAACAAAUAUAAUUCUUGAAAUCACUGUCAUGUUCAGCAUGAUGGGUCUUCUUUAUUAUUUCUAUAAAACUUGGAGUACUGAUCCUGGAUAUAUAAAGACUUCAGAAGAAGAAAGAAAAGAGAACAUUGUAGGUCUUGCAGAAGCGGGUUACUUGGACUUCAGAACAUUCUGCACAUCAUGUCUUGUAAGGAAGCCUUUGAGAUCUGUGCAUUGCCUUGCUUGCCAAGCAUGUGUAGCCAGAUAUGAUCAGCAUUCUCUGUGGACUGGACAGUGCAUAGUGGCUUACAGGAGAAAGUUGAGAGAGAGAUCAGCCUUGUCAAACUCUCUUGUGGAUGGCAGAGGUAUUGGGAACCAUUGUUAUUACCUGUUGUUCCUGACUUUCCUAACAAUGACAGGUGUCUGGCUGCUCUAUGGAACUCUUCUGUAUUGGUCCAACCAUUGUCCAACAAGUUACCGCCAGGAUGGAGCGUGGACAUACUUCACACAGGUCGUGUACUGCUCUCCCUGGGUUUCCUACAUCUCUGCAGUUGCCUGUUUCCACACUGUUUGGGCCUCCUUGUGGCUCACUGUUCAGCUUUAUCAGAUUGCAUUCUUGGGGCUGACCUCUCAUGAAAGAAUGAAUCUCCUGAUACAGAGAAAAUCCUCUAAGCAUCCUGUUUCACUCAGGAGAACUCCAUACAAUCUUGGAUGCUUCCAGAAUCUUGCAGACUUUUUUCAGUGCAGUUGCUUUGGUAUGUUCAAACCCAACAUAAUUGACUGGACCAAGCAAUACAAUGUUUUUCAUCUGGCAAAGGAGAAAAAUGUUCAUUCUGUGUAAAGUUUUGCUUAAUUUCUAAAAUGGUUGAACUGAAAGCUAAAUAAAACUGGAUAUUUUGUUAAUUUUUCCAAAUUCUUCUGAAGUUGCUUGGUUUUAUUAUUGUUUCAAAUAUUAAACUUUAUCUUGCAUAAGCUACAGCAGGUUUGUAUAUGGAACAGUCAUUGUGUGUUUGUAGUUUGAGCUGAAACUAUUUAAAAUUUUAUGUGAUGAGAGGACACUAAGAAUAUAUUUUUUAAAAGUAAGUUUUUAGGGCAGAAUUUCAAAACCACAUUGGUACUCUCUGCUUUAUCCUUGCAGAUAAUAAAAGACAAUUACAUUUGAAAAUUAAGGUGAAUGUUCAUAUUUUAAAACUUCAUGUUAUGGUUAUACUGUAAUUUUGUUUCUUAUGCUGUGAAAACCUCCAUUAAGUCUUUGUAUUUGAAAGGUUUACAUGUAAUAAAAUAGAGCUUUCAUACUUCUAA